CGGCGGGGCGUCCCGAGCAUCCCGCAGGAAAACACCCACCUUGGUGAAAAUGGGGGACACACGAGACAUCUGUCCUCACCUGGAUUCCAUAGGAGAGGUGACCAGGGAUGACCUGCUGCUCAAAUCCAAGGGAACUUGCCAGUCCUGUGGAGCUGUGGGACCAAACCUCUGGGCUUGUCUUCAGAUUGGUUGUCCUUAUGUUGGUUGUGGGGAAUCCUUUGCUGACCACAGCACACUUCAUGCACAGGCCAAAAAGCACAACCUGACGGUGAACCUGACCACGUUCCGGGUGUGGUGCUACGCCUGUGAGAAGGAGGUGUUCCUGGAGCAGAGGCUGGCAGCUCACCCACCCUCCCCCCCAGCCAAGCUCACUGAACCGGACUCUCCUUUGCCUGCUCACCCUCUGAAAGCUGUUCCAAUUGCAGUGGCUGAUGAAGGCGAAUCUGAGUCAGAGGAUGAUGAUUUGAAACCAAGAGGCCUUACUGGAAUGAAAAAUCUUGGGAACUCCUGCUACAUGAAUGCAGCACUUCAGGCUCUCUCUAACUGCCCACCUCUCACACAGUUUUUCCUGGAAUGUGGUGGACUGGUCCGUACAGAUAAGAAACCCGCGCUGUGCAAAAGUUACCAGAAGUUGGUGUCUGAGGUUUGGCACAAGAAACGCCCAAGCUAUGUUGUUCCAAGCAGUCUAUCCCAUGGAAUUAAACUCGUCAACCCCAUGUUCCGAGGCUAUGCACAGCAGGACACCCAGGAGUUCCUGCGGUGCCUGAUGGAUCAGCUCCACGAGGAACUGAAGGAACCAGUUGUUGCAGAGACGAGGGAUUUGGAUACCAUUGACCAGGAGGACAAGCGGGAGGGGGACCGGAGCCCUUCGGAGGAUGAGUUCCUGUCCUGUGACUCCAGCAGUGACAGGGGUGAAGGAGAGGGACAAAGUCGGACCACAGGGAGCAUGGGAAGUGGCUCCUUAGCAGAGACAGAGCUGUUGAUCCAGGAUGAAGCAGGGAGAGGGAUCUCUGAGAAAGAGAGGAUGAAGGACAGGAAGUUCUCCUGUGGCCACCGGCGCAGCAACUCGGAGCAGGUGGAUGAGGAUGCAGAUGUUGACACUACCAUGAUGGCAGUUGAUGGCAGAGCCUCACCUGAGAUGCUGCCAGCUCCCCGUCCUGCCAGCCCGUGUAGGACACCAGAACCCGACAAUGAUGCCUACGUGCGCUGCUCCUCACGGCCCUGCAGCCCGGUCCAUCAUGAGAUGCACUCCAAGCUGUCCAGCAGCCCUCCUCGCUCCAGCCCUGCCAGGAUUGGACCUUCCUACGUACUCAAGAAAGCCCAGAUGCAGGCUUCUGGGAAAAAGAAGAAGGAACUCCGUUACCGCAGUGUGAUCUCCGACAUCUUCGACGGCUCCAUCCUCAGCCUGGUGCAGUGCCUCACCUGCGACAGGGUUUCUACAACAGUGGAGACAUUCCAGGACCUGUCACUCCCAAUCCCAGGGAAGGAGGACUUGGCCAAGCUGCAUUCUGCCAUCUACCAAAACGUGCCAGCUAAGACAGGGGCAUGUGGGGACAACUAUGCCUCCCAAGGCUGGAUUGCUUUCAUCAUGGACUAUAUCCGGAGGUUCGUGGUGUCCUGUAUCCCUAGCUGGUUUUGGGGUCCCGUGGUGACACUGGAGGAUUGCCUUGCUGCCUUUUUUGCAGCAGAUGAGUUGAAGGGGGACAACAUGUACAGUUGUGAACGGUGUAAGAAGCUGAGGAAUGGAGUGAAGUACUGCAAAGUCCUCCGGCUCCCAGAGAUUCUUUGCAUCCACCUGAAACGGUUCCGGCAUGAGGUGAUGUAUUCCUUCAAGAUCAACAGCCAUGUCUCCUUCCCCUUGGAAGGGCUGGAUCUGAGACCUUUCCUUGCCAAGGAGUGCGUCUCCCAGAUCACCACCUACGACCUCCUGUCAGUCAUCUGUCACCACGGCACAGCAGGCAGUGGCCACUACAUUGCCUACUGCCAGAACGUGAUCAACGGCCAGUGGUACGAGUUCGACGACCAGUACGUCACCGAGGUGCACGAGACCGUGGUGCAGAAUGCAGAAGCCUAUGUCCUGUUCUACAGGAAGAGCAGCGAAGAAGCUGUGCGAGAGCGCCAGAAGGUCGUGUCCCUGGCCAGCAUGAAGGAGCACAGCCUGCUCCAGUUCUACAUCUCUCGAGAGUGGCUCAAUAAAUUCAACACCUUUGCAGAGCCUGGGCCCAUCACCAACCACACCUUCCUGUGCUCCCAUGGAGGGAUCCCUCCUAAUAAAUACCAUUACAUCGAUGAUCUGGUGGUGAUUCUGCCCCAAAACGUGUGGGAAUAUCUCUACAACAGGUUUGGGGGGGGCCCUGCUGUGAACCAUCUGUACGUGUGCUCCAUUUGCCAAGUGGAGAUCGAAGCGCUCGCCAAGCGCAGGAGGAUCGAAAUCGACACCUUCAUCAAGCUGAACAAGGCUUUCCAGGCAGAGGAGUCUCCAAGUGUCAUCUACUGUAUCAGCAUGCAGUGGUUCCGGGAGUGGGAAGCCUUUGUCAAGGGCAAGGAUAACGAGCCUCCCGGACCAAUCGACAACACCAAGAUUGCCCUCACAAAACCAGGAGGCCACGUGCAAGUCAAGCAGGGUGCUGACUACGGGCAGAUUUCUGAGGAGACAUGGGUCUAUUUAAGCACACUGUAUGGAGGGGGCCCGGAGAUUGCCAUCAGACAGAACGUGGCGCAGGUCCAAGAGCUGGAGAACCACCACGGGGAGCAGAAGAUCGAAGCGGAGACGCGCGCGGUGUGACCUGGCAGGCAGUGUUGCUACUAGAGAAACCUGUUGUUUGAGGCUGAGGAAAGCCACGAGGUCUCCCUGGGGUUUUGUGCUGGUGGUGCACAGCUGUCACAACUUCCUAGUUCUGCUCUUUAUCGAAUUCUUGCGAAUUCAGUUGCAACCAACUAAGGAAUUUGGAAAGAGGCUGUUCCUUUCUCCUCUCACUCCCAAAACCUCACCCUCACAGUCCUGCAGAAUUUUAUUUUCUCCUUCUGUCUGAUUCCACGUGUUCAGCACAGUUUCAGAGAACAGAGCUGGAAGGUGAGUCCUCCCUCCCAACGCCUUCCUUCCCCCUGCACUCUUCCUGCUGAGGCUCCUGGCACUGUGGAGCUGGGGGCUGGAGCCUUUGGGUGUGCAGCUCACAGGGUGGUACCAGGAAAGCUGGGCUGGACUGGGACACAGCACAGCUCUGAUGCAGAUUUUGGGACUCCUUGUUCCUAACCCUGCCAUAAGCUGUGUCUCCACAUCUGUCACGACAAGCAGAGGGGUGGGAAGGAUGAGGAAGGGCUCCUGUGUUCACACAGAGCCCACUUCUGAGGGGUCACCCUUAGCUGGGCAGGGCCCAGGCUGGGGAAGCAGCUUUUUAGGAACAAGCUGCUUCCUGCUAACAAGCCCCCACCUGUGUGCUGAGGUCAUUCCAGAUGUCCUUUGUGUAUACAGUGGCUCAUUUAAUGAAUUUGCUCCCCCAUCUAUGCCACCAGUGCAGCCAAGGAGCAGCUGAUGGAGAAAGGAGACAGGAAUGAAGGCAAAAAGGCCAAACUCCACUUUUCUCAGCAGGGCUGUUCUUAAAAAGAUUUUCAUUCAUCUGGUAAGGCAGAAAGGCAAGAGUUAAAUCUUUGCAAGGCUUUGAGUGAGGUUUAGUGGAGGCAGAGAAGGAAGAGGUGCCUCCCAUGGCCUGAGGAACCAAACUGUGUUUUCCUGGUGCUGGAUGAUUGCACAGCAUCCAAUCUGGCCUUAAUGGUGCCAGACUCCACCUGGGGCUGGGACCUCCCAAGCUCCUCACCUGAAAAAGAGAGGGAGGGAGGGGGAGGGAAAAGCUGCUCCUUGACUUAGAGAUAGAAGGGGGUAGGACAGGAGAACUUGAGAAGAAAAAUGUGGCCUUCAGAUUAUUUUUUCCUUUUUUUUUUUUUUUUAAUCAAAUGUUUGCUGCAAACAGCAGCUCCUUUAAAAACUGUCUGUAAACGGUUCAGCAUGUUAGUUUUACAAUCCUGUUUAUGGGAUGCUUGUAUAGACCCAGACAGGCCCGAGGGGGAGGUCAGAGAAUGAGCCACUGUUGGGAUUCUCAUUGUUCCAAGCUGUCUUUGUUCCCCACUGCAGCAGCCCUGGGAUCUGCUGCAGAGCCUGCAGGGCUGCAUGUCCGUGUUGUCCGAGGGUGCUGUACAGACUGUAAUGACACUCCUGUGCUUAAGUGUUAGACCUUGUGCUGAAAAUGUGGUACAAUAAAUACCUGUGCAUUCAA